GCAUAGGGGAAAGUACGAUCGAUAUCUUAAACAUUCGGUGCAAGAAUUCACUAUAUAAAGUUCACUAUAUAAACUCAUCUUUGAGAUCAGCUGCUCGUGCUAGACCGAAGCAAAAUUAAUUUGAUUCUGCAUCUUCUGCUGUUGUUCAAUUCAUAUAAUGGCUGAUUCCCUUGUGAUUCUUUUUGUAGGAAUCGUGGUCUUGGCGACAGGAAUCAGUGCCCAAACUCCAUCCUGUCCCGGCUCUUAUACAAAUGGGAUUGAUUGCAGCUGCAACACACAGAAUUCUGGAUUUAGCAUUAUAUGUGAUGCUGAUUAUUAUUACAGCAGUACUCCAGAAGUAGCAAGGGAAGCCCUUAUUUACUAUCAGUCGUAUGGUCCCGUUGUCUCCUUUUAUGUUUAUGGAAUUACCACAACAUCUUUCAAUUACGUCCCGGACAAUUUCCUAGCGGGAAAUCAAAUCCCAAACGUUCAUUUUAAGUGCAGCCACUCUUACUCUGUGAUGGGAAAUCUGCUACUAUUCAGCGUUAACGCAUUCACAGAUGAUUCCGGUGUAUGUGGCUUGACGGGCAAUGUCACAUUCAGCGACUGCAACCUGCGUCAGUUUGACACAGCCACCUUAAAAACCUGCAAUCAAUUGGAAAAACUGGCUUUUAUGGACAGUCACGUCGAGACUCUCACCAACAUACCCACGUUUGAAAGCUUGAAGAAUUUUACGGUUUAUUCUCCAAAACAAUGGACUGGCGCAACUCAGAGAGGUCUUUCACGAAUGACGUUGGCUCCGGAUGCAUCGCUUCCGCAAUUAACUUAUCUGGACCUUACUGGCAAUAGUCUAAAAGACGAUUCGAUUGAAUUCCUGGCCCAAUUAACUGUAAUGGAAGAGCUGCAUUUGGAAGGCAACAACUUCGCCGCCGUCCCCAAUUUGACUGGCUCUUUCAACCUGCACACGUUCUCGAUGACGCUGAACGAGAACGCGACGGACGUUUCUGUUCUACUUCCCAAUCCGAAGACGCAGUUGAAAACUUUAACCGUCAAUUUUUAUUCUUCCAACUCUCAGACCGUGAACAAUAUUACUACUCUAGAAGGAAUGUUUGUUCGUGACACGAUUAAUUUCCAGUUGAACAUGACCGAGUUCAAAGAGAGCGUUUUCUUAGAACCACUUGAGUCGAAUCGUCUCACCAUCAACUUAAAUCCAACUUCAAAAUUCGCCUGCGGCUGCAACAUUUCGUGGCUCAUCCGCGACAACCCGGCACUUUUGUUCCAAGUCAACAACGGAACGUGCACCGAUGGACGCCCAUUCCAGUCCGUUCCCUUAGAAGAAGUGUCGUGCUGUCCAACUGAUUCGCUGCUCCGUCGAAUCCAACUGUUGCAAAAAGAAAACCAAGACCUGAAGGCGAUGCAGUCGAAUAUGCGCUCUUUCUAUUAAACAUAGGAACAUUUGAAACAUUUUAUCUGCUGGUGUGCGGCCUAUGCACUAAACAUCUCCUUCCAUACCCCGCCCGGCGCCAAUAAUAAAAUACCUGUUUAUGUUCAUGAAUUAGAAGUCGCUUCCAAUAAUCUAAUAGAAAAAUAGCCUAGAGCGCAAGAAUCACAAACGGGAUCAAUAAAUAAUACAGAAAUGAUAAGAGAAGGAAA